AUGUCAUUAGCUGUAGCAGAUAAGCUUCUGAGAGCCUUUGAAGCUUUAAAGAACUUUAAAAAUGGGACGGCUAUUUCAGAUUCUAACGUUGCUGCCGCAGUGAAGUGAGUAUAAAUUCUAUACUUCUAUAACACUAUUGUUUAUAUACUGUAUUUUUACCAUAAACUGUCAGUGUUGGGGAUCCGAAGUAGACAUUUUGCUGUGUAUCUGCAUUGUGAGAACUGUCAUUCGCAGCAUUCAUAGCUCGACAAAAUCAUCUUAAUUUUGAGUGUUUGUAAAGUGUAUUAUUGAAUUGGUAACAGCUUGUGUUUCAAGUUAUUUAUGUGCACCAGUAUUAAAUUGUAAUCCUUGCCUCCCCCGAUCCAGGAAGUUGCUGGACAGAGUGGGGGGAAUGCUUGUGAACAAGUUUCUGAUAUACUGGGAAUGUGUUCAAAUAGUUCAAUGUUUUUGGUUUUUGCCCCCUUAAGUUGUGUAGGGGACAUUCAAAUAUAUGGGUUUUUUCCAAAAAGACUUCAAUUAAUAAAUCACACAAAUCAUGUGUGGCCAAAAUUGGGUGAUGGAAAGUGUGGUUUACUGGAGGUAAGAGCCCCCCAAAAAGCUGGAGAACAAUAUCACGAAGAGAGUGAGGGCCUUCGCCAUAGUGCGCAGCUGCUUGUUUAAAGUACGAAUGAUGUCAUUAGGUGAAUUGCAAAUUAGUUCUCCUUUGUUUUUUGUACCAAAAAUUCACCUAAUGAGUACAUCAUAUCUGGAACUUUGACAGUGAAAAAGUUGCUCAAGAUGAGGUUUUUACUAUAAAGAUACAUUACAUUUCUUCUCAGAAUGACCCAAAUAUUACACGUACCAAAAAUUAUGUUUGGGGUUAGUCACACUUUAAGUGUGUUGUUUUAAUUAUGAAUUUUCAAAUGACAGGAAGAAAGAGUCCACACUCUCUAAAAAGGACAGAAUUUCAAAUCUAAAUAUAAUUGGGGAUUUGACAUGCUCACCACUUUUAAGGUAAAUAUAUUAGAAACAUGCAUGUCCAUGUAAUUGUGUCAGUCUACAUCUAAAAUCAAUUCACAAAUUCUUUAGUUAAAACUUUGAGCCACAUUCUACUUUUGUACUUUUACUCUAGAAAUCUUAGUGAAUUUGGAAAGCUAAUAGCAGUUUCCAUAGAAACCUUGCUGUCAUUUUGCGAUGAUGAAGAGCCAGAUGUUCGUCUUGUGGCUGGAGACUGUGUUAAUCGGAUUAUCAAGGUUGGUUUCCUGACUGCACAGGGUAAUACCAUAGCAUCAUGAACGACCAUCUGUGCCGGUGUAGGUCGUGCCGAUAAUACCAAAACUGUAGUUAGUUAGACAUACAACUACUUGAAAAAUACCAGAAGAACUUCAACCUUUUGAAGGCUGUUUGUAAUUCUCCUUGUAUUUUCAGGUAGUUGCUUCCCUAUCAACCAAAAUUUUAAAUUAAUACCAUAGCAUCUACUGUAGUGUACAUGACAGUAUAAUGGUGGAUGAAACUUAAUUUGAGGCCCCCAUUCCCAUACCUGGCAUUCCACAAUAAUAAUAAUAAUAAUAAUACUGUAUUUAAUAUUUCUAUUGUGCGAUUUUACAUACAGUAUGUAUAUAUGAUCAAGUGCACAUUACAAUUACAGCUGGAACUGGCGUGAAGCAGAGUCUGCAGACCGAGGUAGACUGUGAGCUUACAAAUGGCCCUUUAAGCAGCCGCUAUUACAAGUCCAUACCUCAUUAAUGAUCUGCCCCCUAAUUCCACCUCCUUGGCUGCUUGCUAGCUUCUCUUUGCUACAGUACGUAGCUUCUCUUUGCUAGCUUCUCUUUGCUAGCUUCCUCUUCUCAUGCCAUCUCCCCACUUCAACCUUUUCUCUAAAUAUGUGAAACCGUAAUACUCCUAUCUCAAUUCCUCUUCUCCUUUUCGUUUCAAUUUUAAAUAGGGUUUUAUGGAUGCAAAUGUUGCUCGGGUCCAUGUGGAACUGUAUAAAGAAAUUAAAAAGGUGUGGAACUUUAUACUGUAAAAAAAUAAAAAAUUACAUAUUUGCCCAAGUGAUAUGUUUCUAACAUGCUUGGCAAGAUCUAUCAAGUAACAUGAUUUUUUUGUGUGUGUAGAAUGGCAAUUCAAGAUGUCUUCGAGCAGCCUUAUCAAAGUUUGCUGAGAUUUCUAAUUUAAUACGCCCUCAUAAAUGCCGGUAAAUACUAGUGAAUUAAUUUAACUAGUUACUUAAUGUUGUAUGUUACAGCUGAAAGAGAAACUCUUAUGUUGCUGCAAAUAUAUGCAUAACAAAUUUUCUGAUAAUAAUAUGCUGUCUAAAUUUGAUUUUAGACCUUUUAUCACAAAUCUUUUACCAUGCUUGGCAAGAAUAUGUGCUAGAGCUGAAGAAGCAGUCCAGGUACAGUAUCAUAUGAUGGUACUUGAAACACAGUGAGAGUGACUCACUUACAGUACAUUCUAUCUUUGCCACCAAAAUAUGAAUGAGACUCUUGCAGUGACUCAUUUGUAUUCUCAAAAGCUGUCCAAAAUUGAUUUUGCACAGUUCUUCACGUUCAAAUGAUAUUAUUUCUCACAUUGAAAUGACUAUAGACUUACUGUAUGUUACUCUACUUGAUGCUUGUUAUCUCUUAGAAAAUGUACUGUAGUUACCUGUAAUAACUGUAUUGUGCUACAAUGCCUUAAACCCAAACUGUAGCAUGUCCAGAAGAAAAUUAUUGCAUAAGUAUGACUAUUUUUUAGGAGACAUUAGCCACAGCAAUGAAAAAGAUUAUGCCUGUUCUUGGUGCAUUCAUGAAUGACAAAGAGACAAAGGUACAGUACAGUGCAUCAAUUUACUAAAACAAAAUUCCAAGAGCCGACCUAACUGUCCUGGAAAGGAAAAUGAACUGCCCCUUAGUGAUUGUGACUUGUUCUUUGCGGCCAGAGACUGGGACUUGCAUGGUCGGCUCCCCUGGCAGAUAAAGUGUGUGCCCAAAUUAGGUAUUUAACAUCCUGGACUCUGUCACAUGCAAAUGUUAUAUUCUUGUUUGAUUCAACCAUAAUUGACUGAUGAGAUACAGUAUUAUGAGGAAACUUUCAGGAGUAAAUCCAUUUACCAGGUCGAGUCCAAGUCAAUUCCAAGCCCGAGUCAAAUGUCCGAGUCACAUAAACUAAAGAAAGACGAAAUUGAAUAAAAUUCACAAUCAAAUAGGGUUUGGGUUAAGAGUAGGGUUAGAGUUAGGAGUAGCGUUAGGGUACUAAGUCAUUGAACUACAAAGACCGCUAAACAGUGACUCAGAAAUUUGACUUAGGCUCGGAUUUGACUUGGGCUUGGAUUUGACUGGGUUAACUAACAAACUCAAACUUUCAUGGUGCAAACAUUCGCUUAUCAACUUUACUCACACUAAAUGAUCUGAACAUUUAAUUUAAACUCUUCACAUAAUCCUAUGUAUUAUAAAUUUUAUAAAACGUAUGUUUUGUAGAUCUUAUUGAAGACAUUUCUUCAAAAUAUCAAUUCAACAUCCGCACCUACACGACGUACUGCAGCGUCAUCAAUAACUAUGAUUUGUCUUCAUGCAAGAAAACCAGCAAUAUUCUUUUCAUGGAUUAUUAAUAUUUUGUUAGGUGAGUAAUUUUUUAGUUUAGUAUACAGGUUGAUAGGUUAUUAUAAUUGCAGAAUAUGAAUGUUCUCUGAACAAGAAAAACACAAGCUACAGUGUAUACAUCAAUGCCUCCAUGUUAUAUAAGAUACACCGUCAACCACUUGCCCAUGGCUCGCCAGUAUUAAAUAACUCAGAGUAUUUUAUACAUACUGUACAACAAUGCUGUGUUAAUUAAUUGACAAGCAACCAAUUACCGCAAUUUGCUUUACCAAUAAGAUUCAGAAUUUGAUAAUGAUUGCCAUUAAGACAUACCGGUACUUUACAUUUUUCAGAAACAAUGUUGCCGUUUUCAGUAGAUGAAAAUUCUCCCACAUACUGCGGCGUUUUACUUUGCUUACGUCAUAUCGUGCCGCACCUUGCUAAUGAAGAACAGGAAGAUGAAGUUGUAAUGCGGGGAAGUUUUGGUGUCAUUCAUCCACAGAAACGACAGAGUAAUGAGGAAAUGUUGGAAAAAGAGGAAAAACAGCUUCUUCAGGUUGAGUAUUAUAUUUUAUUUUUCGGGUUUUUAUACGUCGUUAGUUGACUUACUUGAAUAUAUUAGGUUUGUGCUCAUAAUGGUGUUAUUGUCUGUUGUUCAGAGGUGUCCAUUAGCUCAGAGUGUCCGUUUACAGAGAUUUCGAUUGCCAAAGGUGUUUGGAAGCAAAAUUUUGGCUGCAAUAAGAUUUGCUUUUAACUCAAUUACCUAUCUUUGUAGAUGUACAAAUUAAUAAUGCUAUCUACAAAACAUUCUGAUCAUAAUGUUGUGACAGCUGGUCUAGAGACUUUACAACAUUUAUUGCAAACACCUCCAAGAAAAUUGUUGUAUCGACUUUUAUCUCAGCAAGGACUUGUAGCAUUUUCAAAUCAGGAUCGCUCAGGUUUGUGGUACUGUUGGAUUUAGUGGUGGGAUGACACACGCAACUACUGUAAUUGUUUUGUUGAAGCCUUGUUCAAAUGAGUCCAAUACUCACAAACAUUUUAAUUAUACUAGACGAGUUUCUCUCUAAUUGAGCGCAAAUACAGUAUACAGGAUAGUGACAUUAUGCAUGAUUUUUCGUUUUUUGAUACAGGUAGUUUUCUGAGUACAACAUUGGAUGAUAUUGAUACAUUAUCGUUCACGUCACAGCAAGAUUCGGGUAUUGAAGAACCCUUGGGUGAGAUAAGUGUGGACGGUGCGAGUGAGAAGGUUGGUGAAAGUGGCAUGAGUGUGGCGGAUAUUCAAGAAUUACGACGACAUUUCUCACAGCCUAAGGACGAAACACUUGAAAUAAUGACCGAUACAGCAUCUGAAAUAUCUGAGGAUGGUACUGAAGGAUCUCUGGACACAGACAGCGAUAGCGUGGUAGGCCACCAUAGAUCUGGAUCAAACACUAGUGGUAUUGUCACACAAGCUAGCUCUACUGAUGAACUUAAUAGUGAUGAAACAGAACAAGAUAUGAUAUCAAAGGAUAAUGAGGAAUCUGAACUAGAUCAGGGAGAAAACGAAGGCGUCAAUGAGGGUUUUAAUAUUGACCCUGUUGUAUGUGGAGGUGUACCCAUUCUUCAUUGUGCAAGGGUGAUGUGCUCAUUUUUACUGUCGGGAAAGAACGGCGAGAUACUAUCAGAUCGUCUUGUACGUGUCAGUGUUAAAUCACUUGCAUUAAAUUGCUUGGUAGCCAUUUUUAAGAUUUACCCUCAGGCAUUUCUAACACGUGUUGUACCGGAAACAGAUGAAGAGGGUAGUAAUGGUGAUAGUAACCAGCAGUUAAUACGGGAGGUGUUGUUAUAUGAAGGACAUCAUGACCCAAUUAUACGUGGUAGUCUUGCUCUGUUGUUGGGGAAUCUUCUGCAAUCAUCCCUUGUACAAUCAAGGUGAGAAAACCAUUAUUUCUACAACAGUAGCAAAAGUAGCAGUUCAUGUAAUGAUUCUGUGCUAUGGUGGUGGCUUGGCGUAGUGGGCGGUAUUAGAGACCUUACGAUUUAGGACGGCAACGCGACGGCAACGGCUACCAAUACAAUAAAUAAUUGAAAAGAAUUGCCAGAAUAACUACAUCCAGCCAAAUCACAGAUUUUCACGUCUUGAUACAACGGCUGCAUUUCAAACCGCAACAAGUGCAAUUUCAAACUGAGUUCAGCAGUACUCUUUCCAACCAUAAAACGCAUGUCUUCAACUUCUAAAACUGUAUUAAAUUCAUACGAUUGAUAAUAUACGACGAAUUAUCUUUACUACCAUUUAUUUGGAGGAGUUUGUUUUGGCCGUCGCCGUCGCGUUGCCGUCCUAAAACCGUAAGGUCUCUAUUAGCGGGCACGGGAGAACGGCUACUACUGCAGUGUUACCAUCAAGUGAUGUCUGUUAUGAGCUGGGGCUGGUACUUUCAUGGGCCUUUACUUUCGGAACUCUACCCUGGGACAUUUCUAACUUUUUUCGUGAUGAUUCAGGAGUUGCCACACCAGGUACUCAGAAGCAGACAUGGCUAAAUGAGAAAGUUCUGAAUAAGGAACCCUUUUUAACUUGGAAUUCACCCACUGUCCACUGGCAAUUAAAAUAAUUUCGCUUUAGACAAAAUAAGUUACUAAAGCACUGUAGCCUAUGAUCAUGCUUUCGAGUUACUUAUGUUAUGAUUCAAGACUCAAGAAAGUGUACUAGUAAAUUUAUUAUGCAUUUUAUGUUAGGUAUGAUUUUGAGACAUGGUGUUUAGAAAUUUGUGAAAAAUGUAAAACUGGUGAGUUGCUGCCAUUUCAGUUUUUGCUAAAACAGUCAGUUUAAAUUUAUAGGUAAUAUUGACUUAUAAAGUGAGUAUAUUUACUGUGUUUACAGAUCAUCUAAACAUCGAUGUCUUGUUAAAUGUACUGGAAAAGUUGGUACUUGAUGAAUCUUCAAUCACUGUAAGAUUGGCUUGUUUAGGAAUACAGGUAUAGUUUCGUCAGCAACAACGUUUGCCUGUGACGUCAACCUCCUCCGGUUAUAACAAAUAGCAUCACCCUGCAUCUAUUACAUGUAUAUUGGUGUCAUUUGAAAAGCUGUUUGGUGUUUUUUAGGAAUGUCUUCCAGCUCUUUGUGUGAGUUCGUAUACAGCUCUUACGUUACAACUUUGUCUUAAAUUGGUACAGUUAAAACAAAAUACAUAUUGGCUUGUUAAGGUAUGUGAAAAACAAUUUUAGAAUAUAUUAUUUUGUUUUUUAAGUGUUAUAUAACAGCUUCAAUUGUUUAGUAAAAUUGUACAUUGGUAAUAUUUUAUUUCAUAUUUUGCAGGUCGAACUUCUUCAAAUUAUUGGCGACUUAAAUUUUAGGUACUGUACACUAAUACCUAAUAAUAAUUUACAGUAUGUGGUUUGGUUUCAUUCUCACUGUAAAACAUUAAACAUAAAUUGUCAUCGUUUAGUUUGAUUGCUUUCCUUGAAAGACAAGCAAGUUACAUUCCAUCAGAACAGUCAACGGUAAGUAACUAUGUCAGCAACAGCAACAGUAAUUUCUCCAUUUUCUUCGUAAUAAAUGUACAAUUUUAGUUCUCUAUUUUUGCAUAUUCUUUGUGGAAGAACCAUCUAUAUAUACCUGAGUGUGUUCUAAUAAACUUUAUUUGCGUACUUGGCAAAUAUAAUCCUUAUUAACUAUAUUUGCGUACUUAAUGCUACUUCUUUUUCUUUUAUUAUCAGAGAAUAAGUUCCAGUCUUCAGCAAACAUUCUUUCAACAUGUUGUGGUGGACUUGCUUGCAGAUAUUGAUCCGAGGGUUAGGUCUGCGGCUGCGGAAACUGUUGUAAAGUAAGUGCUAAUGCAUUUGAAAAAAGAUUAUUGCAAGAGUAAGUUGCUCUUUAUUCGAAAUUUUCAGUUGAUUAAAACUAAACAGCUACUUAGGUAAAAAUGUUUAACCUCUAACUACAAUUAAUUUUAUGAUCUGGUUUAUCUAGAUUAGUACAAAACAUGUUUUUUGAAGAUAGUUGUACAAGUAAAGAACCAUUGCUUGCUGUUGCUAAAAGAUCUCUUGGUGAGUAAGAUCAGCACUAUUAUCAGUUGCAAUUUGCCAGGUGCCUAAAUCUCUAUAUGUGAUAUGAAAUGUAGUGCAUGUGAAUGGUAAUUUACUGUAUUUUUUGUUAAGGAGAAACGUUUGGUACUUCAUUUGGCAAUGAAAAUUCUGUAAUCAAGAUAAACUUGGCGAAAGUUGUUACAUCACUCAGUCAAAAGCUUAAUGUUGCUAUAUCUAAGCAUGCUCUGGCAAGUAUUUAGUAUAUUGAUUCUCGUCUGCCUGAAUAAGGAUAUGAACACAUCCCCGCCGAGUACGAAGGAUCUUCAUCAGGAAAAUAAGUUGGUAGGAUAUACUAUCUAAACCAAAUGCCAGGUGUGUACGAAGGCCAUAACGCUAACCACCGCAUAGUGAUUUUUUAACCUUUCUAUAAUAUGCUUGAAGGGCUGUGAAACUACGGAUAUAUGGACCCACCAUCGCGUACAGCAGAUCUAGUCAACUAGUCGUUAUCAGACUGAGAAAAUGAUGCAAAUUAUUUUCAUAAUAUAUACAAGUAGUAUUUGGGGAUAAAUAUACAUGUAGUGUAAACGUUUCUAUUCCGAUAAAGUGUCAAUAUUACUGACUGACAUUGCCGUCUUGAAAGACUCGCGUACACCCACAUAUUACAUACUGUACUACAAUUUUUUAACAACAUUUCUUUGUUUCGUGUUUUCAGUUAGGUUAUUGCGAGGCUUUGUCUUCGCUUGCUAAAUCAUACCCAGUACCCAGCUGGCCUGUGUGCUGGUCAUGUGAUGUACACGCCAUCACACGUAGUCCUUCACCAACAGGAUUUACUGGUAAUAUAUUCCCUCCAGUCCCUCCUCCAAGUCAACCACAGAUAUCGUCAAUACUUUGCAACAAUGGUGGUGGCUCAUUGUCAUUUGUUGUGGAGCUGAUGACAUCAUCGUUGCUCACGUUUAAUUUACAUGGACACGAAGAUGCUCUUCUGGUACGUUUUCCUGAGUGUCAAUAUUUUCCAAGGAAUUGCUGCUGCCCAGAAAGCCACUGAGAAGGCUGGGAAUUGAUAAAAAAUCGCUAACCAAUUAACAGAAAUUAGUAUAAUUACAUAGGUGAUUAUUGAAAAUUCUCCACGCUGAUUGGUUGCCGUUGAGGUGAUUAUUACGCGAUAAUCACCUAAGCGAUUUUCAAAAUGGCGGCCGAAGCCGUUUUGUCAAUUAAAAGACGAAGAAAUGUGCAUUUUUUUAUUUUUUCCAAAUAAUCACCUAUGAAAUUAUACUAAAACAAUUAUUCACCUCAGGCUCGGUGAUUAUCGUGAAUAAAAACCUCGACUUCGUCUCGGUUUUUAUUCACCGAUAAUCACCUCGCCUUCGGCGAAUAAUUGUUAAAUGUUACGGUUUUUUAAUGCCUAUUGAUUGUAAUGUGUUUGAACUCUAUGUUUCGGACUACAAUGAAAUUUUUGUUAACAAUUCGGAUUUCUUCUCUGUUUAAAGUACACGCUGUAAAUCAAAGUAAUCCCUGAACGCGUUAAAUUCCACGACCCAAGUUACCCAACGUCUGAGGUCGCAACGGGACUGUUUGUUCUUUGAACUUGUAUCUAUUACAAGAUUGUCAUAACCUUAUUAUUAGUUAACGUCAUCUCUCUCUCUUGUAGUUAGUUGGUAACCUUCUACUUGGCAUAGCGAGCAGUUCUAUAUCACUCGGUCAAUCAGAUGUCAACUCCACAGAAUCCCCUGGUAAAUGGACUGUUUUUGCUGAUCCCACCAUUUCAGCAUUGGCUGAGAAGGUUUUUGUUCAUGUUCUCAGGUAUAUCAAACUUUCAUGCAACGUAUGGAAAUUGCAAUUUGUUUGAAAAGUGGAUUUCCGUACUAUUUUCAACUAAGUUCCAUACUAUUUCCAUAGUGAGGAUUUUGGAGAAAAACAUUCCUGUGCAUUAUCCUAAUGCAAGCAUAGGGCAUUUAAUUUAUAUCUUUUAUUUUUUAAGAUUGUUGAAUAUUUGUUUUCAUGUGAUUGAUAAUGUGGCGCCUGGUGCUCACAGUGCAAAGGUUUGUGACGGUUAUUAAGUUUGAAAUUAUGAUAAAUUUUUACGAUAAAUCCCCACAGAGUAUACUGUACAUGCACUUUAUAUUUCCAGGGAUUUAUAUUAUUUUCCUGACACAGGGUUAAAUUAUUCUCAAGUUAUAUAGUAAUUACGGUAUUUGUGCCAAAAUAUAAUGCCUAUUGAAGAAAAUACUUUUCAAGUGAAUCCAUGCCCUUCAAAAUAGCAGACUUUCCUGUCUUUUUCUUGUGGUUAAGAGACUGGGUUGGUAUAGUAGUCUUCGGUUUAUAGUACGUGUUCCUAAAUUAUGUAAAUCUGAGGCUCUGUGAAAUUUAAACAAAUUAAUCAGAAUCAACAUUUUUUUUACAGCCGUCAUUACUCAGUAAAGAUAAAGACAAGUCUUCAGCUGCUAUCCCUGGGGCUGCAGUUCCAACAUCCAACACAACUUCCACCACUACGAAUGUUGCCAGUCCUAAGAAACUGUUGAAUAGAUCCCGAAGAAAUACUGAAGCGUCGGAGACUGCCAAUGUUGGGGGUGAAAAAGGAUCGACAGGGAAAAGUAGUGAAAAUGAGGGAAAAUCUAAUACACCCUUAGGACAGUUUCAUCAUCUGCCACAUUAUUAUCAGUUAUAUGAAGUAGUCAAAGGCGUAUUCUCAAAUUACAAGGUAUGGUUUAACAUUCAGCCAUUGUUCAUCAAUCUUGAAGUAAAAUUGAUAAAAAGAUUUAAAACCAUUGCGAGUAUAAGAAAAACGUACUCUAGCCUCCCUCGCAGCCGUGGUUAAAGGUAGAAAUUCAGACCCAGUGAAUUACUAACUGUGCUACAUUUCCAGGUAAACUUAAAAUUCCAUGAUGAUGAAAAGUUUGUGAAAUUAGUGAAGACUACUUUAACAGUUUUUGCAAUGCUUCUGGAAGUAGUGACCUUCGUUGACAUAGGAAAGGUAAGAUAGAAGACAACGCUUGUCCAUAUACAGUAUCGUCACCCCGAAUACACUCAGAAAUGUAGAAUUACAGUAAGAAGUAUAUAUUAAAAUAAUUUCAGAAAAGAAGAUUUGGAUUUACAUAAAUUGUCAACGAGACAGGGUAUAGGUUUCAGUUUGCAGACGAUACAGUAGUUACCAUUUUUUGGACACUUAUUUUCGACCACUCAGAUUGCACGAAAAAACAAUAGCCACUUCAAAACUUCUAUUGAAUAAUAAUGACUUCUUUCCAUGAACUUUGGAUGCUCAUAAACCAAAACCAGCCGACCAUUUACGAACUUAAAAUAUAAAACAAAAUCCGAAAAAUGAAAACAUCUCGAAAACCCAAGAUAUGAACUAAAACAAAUUAACGCUUGUUUCCAUAUCUUGGGUUUAAGAUGUUUUGUUCUGUAUUUUAUUGACUGGUCAGGCUGUAUUCAUGCCAUUACUACUUCUAGAAUGUCGAAGAGAUCAUUGGCUAUUUACAAGCAACAGUCAAAUGUGAAGCGGCAACUACAUAUCUCUGUGUUCAACAGGUAAGAGUUUUGACUUUUGAAAGAUUUGUUUUAAACGUUUGCCAUGCAACAUGAAAUUUAAAAGAAAAUAUUGAUGUAAACGUGCAAAAAGAUGCAUCAUGAAUUCAGGAUGUGGAGCUAAAUUAAGGCAAAAAACGUAAUACCGUAUGCUGGUAAUUUUGCUCUUUUCCAAUCUUUUCUUUGGAGCAAUGAGGGAAGAACAAAAAAGUGGCUCAUGAGCUGCCGAGUAUGGCAUCAUAUGUGUAUCUAUAACUGAACACACAACGGCAAAAUCUUAUCUAUUUGUUUUAUAUAAUAAAAAGAAAACCCCCGAAUUAAACAGGUAAAUAGCUUACUUCUUAUCCACCCAAACAUUUGGAAAUUUGAAAAAGUCGAAAUUUUACAAAUAUCACGCGUACAUGAUUUAUACAAACAAGGGAAUGCUAUUGGAUAGGGUUUGUAUGACAUAAUUCCGUGCAUCUUUCCUCUAAUAGAUCAUGGCUGUCGACAAUGAAAGCGCUUGAAUUCUUAACGUUAUUAUAUAAAAUGUUUUAGAUGUUGCGUGCAAUAUUUGGAGUGAACGUGGCCAGUCAACCAGAUAAUAGUUCAUCAAAUUCCCCUCCACAAAAAAAUGCCUUGAUUACCGAGGUUCUGUUACCAUCUUGUCUUGAAGUGUCCAUUAAGAAUUCCGGCAACGUUGGAUUUUAUCAAUCGUAUUAUGAAGAAUUUCAACAAGAGAUCGGUCGAGCGUUUGGUGAGAUCAGAAAGAGUGAUCAAACUAAAGAAAGCAAAAGGUGCUGUGGUUGUCAUAUUCUCUGUGUUUGUCUAAGUGCAUGUCUAUUUAUGUCAUGUAUCUACCUAUCAACCAAUAUGUACCAUACAUACCUACCUACCUGUACCAGCUAAACCACUCACCCACUUACAGUACUAAAUUAACCAACUUAUCUACUAACCAACCUGCCUAACUACCUACCACAUUUAUUCCUGCAUAUUCUUGUAGUUUUAAGGACUUUGGUUUCAUAAAAAAGUUGCGUCAAAGACGUGGAUCAUUUAGACCGCCAUUGAAGGUAGACAAGGUUAGUACAACCUUUUGCUAAUGCGAAUAAAGAACUUUAAAUACAGUAUUUCAUGUUUGUGGGUCCUUCGCAUUAUUAGGGCAUGGGCCUUCUUGUAUGUGGCAUAUUUUUCCUUGAGUAUUUAGUGCUUGACUGUGUCGAAAAUUUAUUAUUGUACUACUGGGUACGUUAACAUAGAUGGUAGGUGUGUGUCUAAACAAGGGUAUUUUGUUGUUCUUUAGCAAGUUCAUAUUCAUUCUUAUAUCAGAAUGUUUGAACCACUGGUGAUCCAAGCACUGAAAGACUACACAAGUUCCAGUGAUAUUCAGGUUCAAGCACAAGUUCUUAGUAUAUUGGUUCAACUCAUCAGAUUGAGAGUCAAUUAUGCUCUACUUGAUUCAGAACAGGUAUUCAAAUCAUCAUAUUUCUAUCAUCAUAAUUCUAUCAUAUUUCUAUCAUCACUAAAAUGUUGGUGGUACAUUGCUCAAUGCAUGUGCCUUCUCCCUCUGUCAUUCAGGUUUGAUUCCUAAAAUUGUCUAUUAUUUCGCUUCAGUCUCAUAUGAGACCCCAGUUACUCGAUAUAACGGAUUCGUGAAGUAACAUAUAACGUUUUUCUAUUCACCAUACCCUUUUGUUGUUGAUGUAGGCAUUUUUGAAUUUCGUUUUGAAGCAGUUUGAAUUUAUCGAAGCCGGUCAAAUAAGGUAUGGACUAUACAUGGAUUUCAAGAGGGGAUCCAGUCUAGGUCGUAGGUCGUACUCUAAAAUCUACUGUGCCCUGUAGUGUUGUGUCUGCUUGAAACCUCUUGUUGUUAAUCUUUUUCAGGUAGUUUAUAUACCCAAACUACGACAGCUUAUUGUAGAAUGCUUAUAUUCAUAACAUUACAAUUAUUUCAACAUCAUUAUAAUAAUAUGUAACAGAAUGUUUCCAUAUUGUUUAUAGAGACAUAGAGGCGUUUUCUCCGCAUAUAUUCCAGUUUCUUAUUCUGCUGUCCUAUGAAUGUUUCCAACCGAAAUUCAAUCAAGCAAAGUCUGUGUUUGGAAUGUCCAGGAUUAUUCAAGUGUGUGAUGACCUCAUGGCAUGUGGCCAGUCUGCAAGGACACAUGGUAAGCCUUGAUAUAAUUCAACUCAAAUCAACUAAGUUUAUUUAUUUUGUGUACAGCUUUAAAACGUUCUCCCUAGAGAUACAGUAAGAGGACAUUCUUUAUUCAUCCAGUGUAAGAAUAACUGGGGGGGGGGGGUACUGUAGUUCCUGAAGAGAACCAGUGAUGUCCGCCUUCCACCAGAAACUAUCGCUGGAAUUGAAUCACUGGGGCCGAAAGCAUACAGUUACAAUAGCUGAUUAUUAAAUCAGCAAUAAUGUUUAUUUUUAUUCAGCCAUUCCAGCACUCUGUCCUAUCGUCUAUGACUUAUUUGACACUCAAGCAACUGGAAGGAAUGAAAAUUCUAAAGAACUGGAAACACAGAGGGAAGUGUUUAUUUCAAUGUUGCUUAGACUCGCUCAGUUUCCUGAGGUAGGUAGUCUACCGUAAUUUGUAAAUCAAAGAUUGUAUGAUUUUGCUUGUUAGCUGUGAUACAUGUAGCUUGUGGCAUUGGUUAUUAGUGCAAAGUUUAACUUUAAUCGUGGUAUUAAAUGUUCGCUUAUUGUUUUAGGUUCUCAGUCUUUUAGUGUAUGUUUUAACAUUUUACCGUAAGAAUGAUGAAAAAUGGAAGAAAUUUUCCAGACAAGCAGUUGACAUCACGCUACAAAUGCUAAUUAAGCAACAGGUUAGUAUGACAUCAAGUUAUUUAAAAAAAUAAACGAAAAUACUUUAUAUGCAAAUGUUACUUUUCUUUUUGGUUUGAUAAUAGUUUGUAACUAGAUUUAUACUGUGAAAUGUUCAUAACUUUUCACAGCAAGAUAUUACCGCAAGCACUUCUUUUUAAGAUUAUCAUUGAUGACGUAGAUGGUCUGAAGUGUUUAGAAAAUCUGUUCGAUUCUGUCGCUCCAAUAGCAUUGCGUCCUCUUGAUGUCAUUUUGAAAGCAAUAUUUGCUCCUGCAAAUUUGGUACGUGUAGACCUUUCUUAUAAUGACGACAAAUGUGGAUGAAUGCCAUGUUAAAGCUAGCUUUAGUACUAGCCAUUUGAGAAACCAUAUACAGGGCUCGAAAUAGCGGGCUGCCAAUGGCCAAAAGCAGGCCAUAUUUUAGAAAUGACAGGCAAAAAUAAAUUUGAACUGUCAAGUAAAAAAAAAAAUGGUGGGUGAAAUUCUAUAGAUAUAUUUCAUCUCAUUUGCUUACCACAACUCAUAUAUACUAGAUAAUUUAGUUGACUAAAUAUGUUCGUAUUUGAAAUGUAAAUCCAAGUUUACUGUGGUAAAAUAGACAAGUUUAAAAAUACUAAAAAUGCAUGAAAACAUUGAUUUUUACACUAUGACUCAUACGAGACAUCGCCAUUUUGGCAGUUCAAUGAAUAAACAUGGCAGGCUAAAAUUUAUUUCACCUGCCAAAAAAUUUUAGACUGGCAGGCCAUAUUUUUUCUCUAUUUGAGCCCUGCGUAUACUGUAUUACGUGUUUAUUAACUUUGUCAUUCGUAUAACACUUCUAUUUUUCUACAGCCUAAUACUUUGCUGAUGGAAAGAUGGUUGUCACAUGUUAUCGUCCUAUUUAAAGUAAUUAUUACUCAAAAUACGGAAGAGAAUCUUCUAUCACGAAUAACUCAACUGGGGAUCACUGGAGGAUUGAUUGGGAACAUUGUGGAUGAUGAAGAACUGGAUGUGUCUGAUAUGAUAUCAGAAAGCAACCCUGCUAAGGUGAGAGUACUGACCUUGGUAGGUAACUGGAUAAACUUAUUAAACCUGAGUCCAGUUUUAUGAAGGCUGUAUAGCGCUAUCCAAUGGCCUUUUCAUCCUUUUUUGAUAUUUCUGAAAAUGUUCGAAACUAUGGACUUCACAAUAAAUAUAUAUAAAAACCAAAUUUAUAAGUAGUAAAGUUUAAUUUGGGUUAAGCUUGCUACUUGAACGUCUUGAGUUAGGAUUGUAUAAACGACAUUAAGUAAAUAUAGUAUUUAAAGUUUGUUCGUUCACUGCAACCAGGUAUAUCAGUCAUGUUUCGCUCGCUACUCUGGUUUAAAUAAAUGAUUACAAAGCCCAGUCGAAUUGUAAUCAACACCCAACCAGAGUAGCGAGCGAAACAUGAUAAAUAUAGUAUUAUUUGUCUUUCAGAUUAUGGCUUGUUUCCUAUUUCAUGCACUGUACUUAGCUGUUAAGCACUCGUCAAUGGCUUCAGAAUCACCAGAUAAAGACUGUGUUGGGUUUAUAUCGCAGCUGACAUCCUACUUGUUGUUGUAUAUACAGGAAAUUAUCAGAUCAGGUAUUAUGAGGGAUUUAUCUCUAAUGAAGACCCUUUCAAAUUUUGUAUAAAGAUAGAGGUCGGGUGAUGAAACGUAUCGCUAUGUCACGAAUUACUCUUUAGCAUUUGCUCUCCUACAGUAUUAGACAUAUAUCUUACAAGUUGCAUGUUUUCUAUUUCAAUUUCCAGCCCAAGUCAGGAUUGAACCCACAAUCAGGGCUGUAGAGUAUAUUCCUUCCUCACAGCGCAAACAAAUAUAGUCAAAGUGACGUAAUGUAACUACCGAAAUAACUGUAUGUAACUGUGCUACAGCUAUAAUAUUUUACUUCUAGGUUUGUUCAAGAACAUUAGCAACGCAGGCUCGAGAAUUAUAAAAGAAAACUUCCUGAACAGUGACGAACCACGACAAGUCAUGGAUACAAAAAUGAAGAAAAUCCAUGAAAUGUUUAUGUCGUUGAAAGAAACUCAACCUGUCUUAACUCUACAGUGGACACAACUUGUGUUUCUCUUUGGAUUUGAUGAUGAGGAAUGGUGGACAACUUUACAAGGUUGUUAUACGAUGUUCUUUUAAAUUUAUUACAGAAGGUCAACCGCAUUCUUUGCUCCAGCUAAAACUUGUUUUCAAAACGUUUAGAAAACAAGCCUUUUUGUGCGAUAUUAAAAUGCUUCGUCACAAAGCUGACUACUCAACCAGUUGUAGUCUGAACAAUAUUACUCAUUUUUCAGAUCGAAUGAUGAGACAAGAAAGUUGUUCUGUUAAUGGACACAUCUCUCUAAAAGGAACGUUUCUAGUUCGGUGCAAAAUACUGAGCGCCCAGUUAAAAGUAAGUGAACAAAAGGUAGAAGGUAGUUUUCAAAAGUUGUUUGCGGUUUUAUUAGAGGAGUAUAAACAACUGAAAAUUAUCAUACGCUUUUUGUAUUUUUAUAUAGCAUGAUGAAAAUACCAGUAAAUUUCAAAGCUUUGUGAAGGAAAAUUUAAUCAAUAUUGUUGAGAUGUCCCAUGAACCGCCAGUAAGGAUGCUAUUAAGGUACAAUAAGCUUUAUGCGUUUUUAACUCCUACAAUGCCUCCAAAAUUUUGGCAAGUUCUGAUAUGCAUGUGAAUGGUUUCGUUUCCGGAAAGGAAACGUAGAAUGUUCACUUAUUUGCGCAGCAAAAUGAUUUCCAGUUUGUCCAGGUUUUUAGUGUUUUAAUUAUUUGUGAGUUUUACAACGAGUUAUUUCAAUUAUAUUGCAGACAGAUACACAGCAGUUCCACCUGCAGUCAGGUGUUUAUUGAUGUCACCAAAGAUUCAUGUAGAAAUAAACCUAACCGUAUGCAUACAGUAAGUGAUGGAUUACUGUACAUGGCACAGAACAGCUGGAGAUUGAGAGAGCUUCGUGUUUCAAUAUCUUUAAUGGGGAAUAGACUGUACUGUUUAAUGCACUCUUGGCCCAUUAGCCUCGUUCUCAUGUCGUUAUUUCCUCAUAUUUUGUGUACAGUAAACUUUAGGUUAGGUUUGUGAUUGGGCUCAAGAUCUAAAGGUGGAGUAAUAGGAGCAACAAAAUUGGUGCAACUUGCAACAAAAUCUGAUUUCUACGCAUGUUAAUUGAAAAUAUUUACGCAUAAAUUACAAAUCACGAGGCAACAUGUGUCAGCAUUUCUAGUUAACAUGCGUUGAAAUCAGAUUUUGUUGCAAGUUGCAGCAAUUUUGUUGCUCGUAUUAUUCCAGCUUAAGAGAAACAUAUUCGUUCACAAAACUUGGGGCCAUUGGGGCUAAAGUGCAAUAAACAGCAAAGUCUCUUGCAGUAAUUAUUAAAAUGCAUUUCGUUAUUGUAGUUGGAGUUCACGAAUGGACUACUUGUUAUUUUGGAUGAUCUUCACUAUAAGCAGUCUAAUAGUCUUAUUCAGUUGUUGGUCACAGAAUUCCUCAACAGCCAUUACCGUGCAAUCACCAGAAAAUGUGAGACCAUGAUCUGUAGCAGAUUGGAAUACUGCAUGUCUUUACCAAAGGAGGUAUGUUGCACUAAUGCCAAGCCAUUUUAUUCCUCAUUUUAUUCUUUUUCGUAACUUAAACAUUGUCGAUGGAAUAUUUACACCGGGGUUUCUUUUUCAAGGAAUUUGAAGAGUUCUUUUCGUCUGAAGAUAUUAAAAGUAUUCAUAAUUCAUUGGUUACUAUUGGUGUCACAAAAAGGUUUGUCUGUUCUUCAAAGGUUAGAGUAAGUAUAAUAAAAGUUAGAAUGAUGAGUAUAUUUAUGAUAGGAAAACCAUUUUCUAAGAGGAAUACUCAGUCACUGACAAGUGAAAAUUGUCACAUACUGUUUUUGCUCCGCCUUUUGUGCCAGGUUAAAAUUUGCGCGAAAUAUCCUAUAUUUGAUGUGUUAGAGUUUAACUUAGACUUGACUCCAUGAAAUGUUGUCUUUUAUUCCUAUUUUAAAUAACAUAAACAGAACAUGUACAGUAAGUUCAUAAUAUUUCCAUGGUUGGUCGCAUCACAAGUGUACUGUUUUGUCAGUUACUAUGAGUAAAUACCAACUUAAAAUGAUCGUGUUUUGUGAUUGGCUUCAUGAAACAAUCGUGAUCAGUGUUUAUGACUCGUUCUUUAGAAAGGUAAUUUCUAUAGUUCAUUGUCUUUUAUUGUUAUGAUCAACCAAUCACAAAGCCUGUUCAUAUAGGUUGGUGGCGAGCCGUUACUAAAUGUUCACUGUACAUUUCUGACUUUCUAGAAAUCCACGUCUGUCCUCUCUCAUAUCACACAUCUCCCCAGAGUCAUUUAAUGUACCAACAGUGGAAAACACAAUAGAUUGCAAGGCCGCCAUUACUGCUGUAAAAACCAAACAGACAAGUGCAGUGGUUAGUAUGCAGUUAACUUGCAGCAUCUUCAUAAACCUUUAUACUUUAUACUUUAUACUUUAUAAACCUGUUUCGUCUUGUUUAGAACUGGUUUUACUCGUUUGUCUACAAUUGUUGCUGCUGUUGGAAAAUGAAUGAAGUUGGUAUCAAAAGUUGCACUGAAGUUGUUCAUUUGUUACAUGCUCUAAGUUUCGACGAAAUCACCAGAAUCAUGGAUGACGAGGUGUAUAUUGUGUGCAGAUUUUUCAUAUAACGACAUAGUUUAAUGUAAGAAAAAAACUUAUCUAUUAUUCCAUUGUACAACAUCGAUCUUUUAGAAAUUUAACACGACUUUGCUCUCUCCUUGUUUGGAAUUUGGUAUAAAGAAAACAGUUGAAAUUUGUUCAAGAAAAUUUGAUCAUGAGGUAAAUGUAUUACGUUUAUCUGAUUUCUUAAGGGCUACCAUGAGUACGUAAGGUUUGAUUAUCUAUUGAUUAGAUUGGGAUAUUUAAGGCAGACAUUUUAGGCGUCGUAUUUGGGACACACUUAAAUUAAGGGUAGGGACCAACUCCCUUAAAUCUCAACCAAAUCUUAUCUCCAAAUUUCACCUCCCCCUCCCCCAUGUUACGAUGGUGGAUGCACCAUGGUGACAUUAUACCAACUCAUUGUUUAUUUGUUUUCAGACUCCAAGUAAUCCUUUUGAAGACACAACUUAUUUUGACAGUUAUGGUGUAGACCAUUUAUUCCAAUGUACUUUUGGCCUUCUCUUGAGACACGUGCAAGAAAUCGUGUUUAGUGUUACGACAUUCGAUGAACAUAAUCGACAAACUCAAAGAACUGACAAUAGCGAAAUUUCUUUAAUACAAUCUACAAUAAAUUCUUCUCAAGUCAAUGAACUUUCACAAAAUUUUACAUGGAAACAAAGACUCUUCGACAUCACAGAAGGAGUGGAUGUGUAUUUAUCUUUGAUGGACAAAUUGCCACCGGCAGCACAGCUGCCAAGAGCUAUAUAUUGUGCUGUAUGUCAGUUUGGUAUGAUUGCUUUAGAGGUAUGGAAUCCUAACAUUGCUAAACAUAUGCAUGGAUUAUUGUUUUAAUAUACGUAUAUUCAAAUGUAAUUUUAUUAAAAAUUGGUUGACUUUUCAUAUUACUAUCAACAUUGGAGCAAUUAGCCUUUCUCGUCCUCGGUAUAUUCGCCAUUUUGGAGUGCUGUUUCUCCCAAGUCUGAGAGUAGAUGCAGUGAUAAUUAAUUAAUAUUUUGGUUUAGGUUUUGUGUGUUGAAAACAGAAAAUGUAAACAUUGUUGUACAUCAGAACUUACUACUGUUCUUCGUUGUUUUUCUCGGGUAAGUACUACAUACUGUUGUAUACUAUGUUGUAUUUACAGACACACAUAUUUCGCUGUUCAACAGCUUUACAGUGUAAAUUGGAACUGUCUAGAAAAAAGGUAGUACCGUCAAUAUGCACACGCACUUGCGCGCGGAGCGGAAUUUUUCUUUGUCUUUUCUAAUUAGUUCCACUCGAGAAAUCACAAGACAAAGAAAAAUUCCGCUCCGCGCGCAAAAUUCCGCCUAGUGGAAAACGGCCUUAAGUCGCAAUGACAUUUACGAGCGUCGCGCACAGAUCCUUUCUUCCGCAGGGAAUGUUGAGAGGAUGGGUUGGGAGUAGCCCCUAACUGACCCUUCCAAAUUUGUUUGAGGAAGGAUUAUAUUCACGUACAGUACUAAGUGGUAAUUGAAGACAUGACUGAUAUAUAUUAUGCUUGUGGUGAACUCUGAUUUCUUUAUUUAGAUGCUGCAUAGUCGACAUCUCUACUUUGUUGUAAAUUCUUCCGAGUAUUUGUCUUGGGUUUGUCAUGCACUUCGCUCUGUUUAUUGUCUUGUAAGAACAGGUAAUGGCAGACUGAAAUCUUUGAUAAUAUUUGCCGUGUUUUACCCAACGAAACUCUAGCAUUACUUCCUCGGUGAACAAUGAUUUUUACUUUCUACUGCACUUGGUAGUUUUGUUACAUGAGUUCAACAAAUGUUUUUAUCUUUUAGUGUUUCUCCAGCCAGGAAUAACAUUACCUGAAGAUAAAACCUACAGCGACUUAGCUGACUCUGAUAUCCCCCUAAAACAAGCCUCAAUGUUGGUCAAUUACCUAUACACACUAUUGAAUAACACUAGUCACUAUUCUUCCGUUCCUGAUACUCUGACGCGAUCAUUUCAUGACGUCAUUACUGGCUUAUCUCGUUUGACUAUUUUUAACUCCCACGUACGUAUUCCGCCACUUGUAUGGAAAAUGGGUUGGGGCGAUGAUGAACAUGGCAAAGAAUUACCGCCAUUACCUAUUGAUAUUUUGAGAGAGAAAGAUGUCUUGCAAGAUUUUGUACUAAGAGUUCAUUCUAUUGGUGAGUUUCUUGUUUUUAUAUAUCUAAUGUUUUAUCAGUUCAAAAAAUCGCCCUGGUUUAAAACUGUUCCACCUAGAAUUUUGAUAACAGCAUUCCCUUAUUGGUCCAGUGUCUUAUCUUAGUCUGAGCUAAAUUAACUUGCUUGUUACUGGAUUGCUGUAUCAUGUGUAAACUGUUCUCCUAGCCUGCGUGCAGGCCCAAGGGAACUGAUAGUGGGCCUGCAACCAUCGCCCGGUAUUUUGAAAUACGCCCCUUUUCAUAACACGCCCCAUUCGCGCGUCAAUUGUCGAAAAAGAACCAAUGACAGCACCCGAAUAUUAACAAACAAACUCGCAUUAAAAUGUUGCGGGGUUUUCUCUGCUUAUUCAGAACACUAAUAAACAAUGUGUAAGUGGCUGCGUUUUAACUCCAAAAAAGCAAGCAACGCAGUCAGUAAUUGCCAAAUUUGCAAGUGCUCAUUUUCAACUAAAAUCGGAACAGGCAAAUUAGGACGAAUUUCAACAGAAAACCAGUCUCAAACUUCAAAUCAUGAGGGAAGUCGUGCGACCACAUUAGGAUUUAUAUUAUGUGUGCUUCGCUGUCGCCAUUGGCAUUGUUAUAAAUAAAUUGUCUCACUUAUCAGAUCGUGUGUGCAAUUCUUGUUGGCGGCGGAAAGUACGAAAUUUAUUUCAUUUAUUUCAUUUGGUAAAGAACUCUACAAAAGAAGAGAGCGUUCCGAGUCCAGAUCGUUUCGUUUCAAACGGCAAUUUAAUACCGCCUUCUGUUUCGCUCUCUCAGCGAAGCCUUGUAAAUCGCAAAGUGUUUCGAAUAGGCUUACAGUCCUUACAUGCAACUGCAUCUCAACAUCAACCAAAAGAUAAUUUUCUUGAGGAAGUGAGAACACAUAACGUAUCAACUGAAGUCUGUUUGAAAUUAAUGAAACUCAAGUAAAGGUUACUAUAGUUUACCCCAGUCGUAAUUUGCUAUUCCAACACCUCACGACAAGCAAUCCCCAUUGGCAUAACGGCAAAAACAUGUCUUCCUUCAAGUAAACAAUAAACAGUCUGUUCUUGUUCCAUUUGUAAUCGAAAAGUAAUCAAUUUUCAAAUUUUAAGCUUAUCGAGAGCCUUUGUCUAUGCCUUUGUGAUGAAUCACUGUUCCCUUGGGCCUGCACGCUAGGUUAAUUAAUUACCGAUCGCCUCAGCUAGCCAAUGGGAAUUUAGCCGGCGGUUCGGCCGGCGAAAAUCGAAAACAUGGGGUGAUGGUUGCAGGCCCACUAUCAGUUCCCUUGGGCCUGCACGCAGGCUACUGUUCUCCCUAAAGGUCAAGUAAUUGUCAGAUGGAACAAAAGAAAACCUUAGUAUCCGAAGAAACGCGGGGUUGCCUCAGAUUGGAAGCAUUUUUUUCGAAGGGGACUGAGGCGAGAUUAUAAUCCGACAAGUGUAGGGUAUUGUAGGAAUCCUCCGUCAAAGGCGCAUGCGCGGACCACCGUAGUCCUAACAACCCACUGUAAAAGUUUCGUGUUUUUGUAUUGCACGACAAAAUUACUGAGUUUGGAUUGGCUAAGAGCAGUGUAAUUAUUUGACAUCGUUUCUUCUUCAUGAUUUUAAAGUCAUCCUUAAUCUUGCAGGUUGGAUUUCACGCCAGCAGUUUGAAGAGACAUGGGCAGCGUUACUUGGUGUUUUGAGUUCCCCUUUAUCACCUGAACAGGCGUCCAGAGAGGUAUAAUAAAUUUGCGAGUCAGUUACAUUUUGCUGUCGUGACUCCUGUUUUUCGGAUGAUGGCGACAGCAAAAUAUGGCUACAGAUGAAAUCUAUAAUUUUAAUCUGUGAUGUGGCCUAAUUUCUCCAGCACUGUUCAUGAAUUGGCGUGCUUCAUAGAAUUAUUGAUGUCGGGAAUUCAACAAUUCAACAUCUUCAAUUCUCAAUAUUUGUUCUUUUAUGUUCCAGGAAGACAUUGAUUCCAUCAAAUCUGGCUGCUUGGCAUUGCAAUGUAUCACGGCUCUUUUGCUUGAAACGACAUUGCAUCCGUUACCUGGCAACCCGUCCGUGGGGACAAACUUUCACACGUCGAGGCAAAAAGAGUUGCCAUUUUUGGAUAGCAGGUAUGUUUUGGGGGUGUUGAUGGUUAUUCUGGGGUGUUGAUGAUUGCCUCACACUUGCAGACCAUGGUACUUUGAUUAGGGACAGAAGGCAUGAGGUUACCUGAGAUAACCUUAAACGUAGAACUGUUCCUUCUUUUGUACAGGGCUGGAAGAAAAUUGUGCGCCGUUAGAAGAAUCGUCGAAGACCACUUUAUUCAACAAUGCCCACAAAGGUAAGCAUGCAAACACCUCGCAAUUUUUCUGCCGUUUUAUUUGAUUUUGCUUACUUAUUUUUUCUUUGGCAGUUCGACAUGGCAAACUGGCAUUGAUACUGGGAAUUUUUAUGGAGGAAAUAUCGAGAGAGUUUCUGGAUUACAUUCAUACUCACUGGGACAGGUACAGUAGUUAUUAAUGAAAUCAAUUCAAUUUAUUAUAGUGUGCAUGGCAUCUGUCUUCAUUUUAAAUCAUAAACAAUAAUUUAGAUGCACAGUCAUUUAGUUCAUUUUCAGAUGACUUCGUCUUACUUCAGCUUGUCCUCUGCAGAAGAAAUGAACUUACUGUACAUUCUUUUUUCUGCUCAUCUUUUGAUGAAGGGUCCUUGCCUAUAUGUCUGAGGCUGAUGAAUAUUAAUUUCUACAAUCAAUUUCUAGUUUCUUCUCUGUUACAUAUUUUGCGCUUAUCUACCAAUCUAAACAUGCUAUUGAAAUGGCGAGAGGUUCAAAACCUUUAUACGUGGUGAAAAUGUUGUAGAACUGAUAUAAUAUAGCUGGGAAUUAAGACUUUAUUAUGUCAUUAAAUGUGCACUGUCACUCAUUUAGCUCUUAUUUAGAGAAAUCAACUCUCGUCUUCUUUAUUUCCUCUAGAUUUGCAUCAAUUCUCUUCAGAGCCAAUGCGUUCCUGUUGAUUCAAAUGAAUUUGACGAAACAAAUUCUACAUCCACCAGCACGUCUCCCACGCUGUCCACUCAAGACAAAAUCGAUGUUCGUUCCUGUGUCCAGUUUCUAAUGGAGUUAUUUGAACAAUGGGUUUCACCUUAUACCCUGCCCAAGACCCCUCUCAUGUUGCUUACUCAGUCUGUAAAAUCAGUAAGUUCUGUGUAUAGGCAUUUUCUGUUUCCUUUAUUAUUUAUUUCGUCGUCAUCGUUGAUGUUCACAUGGGGCUUUGGUAGAACAGUCAGACCAAUAUAAGGAUGAUUAGUCACUCCCACACAGAAAGUUUUAUCGCUUAUGAUGGACAAUUUCCCAUUUUAGUUACUGAUUAUUUCGGAUCUGUUUGUGGAUCCUGCGCAGUAUGAAUGGAUGUUGAGUGAGUUGCUGGAUCUUUAUCAAAAUUAUCCCAAUGAAGAUGAAAUUAUGAUGCAAUAUUUACUGCCUGCCUUGUGUAAGGCAUUGGCGGUUCUAAAAAUGGUUAGUAUUGUUUUAGUAGACUGAGUGUAUUGUUUGACAGGGAAAGAACAGGUAGAAUGUGUUUUGAAGAGGGAGAAACAACAUGCAACGCCUCGCACUGCAACGUCAUCACUGUGUGUCGUUUCUUCAUUUUUCCACCUUGGGAAACAUGGCGCCGAGAAACACCGCGUGCUCAAUACUGUUUGUCUUCAUUAUAUUGCAAAGCAUUACAGCCGCAUUAGCAUUGCAAACCUUAGCUUGGCCUAAUCCCAGCAAUCGCUUAAUAUGAAGCAUGUUUUAUUUGUAUACUACUAUUCUGUUUUAACCUGCCUUGUUUUAGGAAGGAGUUAUUCCUGAGAAAGUUGUUAAAAUAAUGGAGACUGCAUUAAAAGCUCCUCAUGUCCCGCUGCAGGUACGUAAACUUUGUAAUCCGUAGAGAGAAAUGGACGUGAACCUGCAUAAGGCUGAUCCAAGUUCAUAUGUUAAAGGGGGUACAGAUUUGUUAGGAAGGCUGCAUUGUUAAUAUUUUGAACUGCAGGUUUCAGGUAUGUAUGGAGCACUGUAUCUGCUGGAAUCACACAUAUCUUCAAUUGUCAGUCUAGUCAUACCUCUGGUCACUGAUUACGUCAUGAAAAUCUUGGCCCAAGUUACUGAGUAAGUGAAGGCAUAGGUACACUUUGUAAUUGUACAUGAUAUUUGUGGUGUUACUCUGAGUGUGCAUCCACACCGGGCAAGCUGAAAAGUUUGCCUGACCACAGUGGGAAUCGAACUCGCGACCUUUGGGAUACUAGUCCAAUGCUCUGCCAACUGAGCUACAAGGUCAAGUCGGUUCGAGCCAGUGUGGAUGCACACUCAGAGUAACACCACAAACAUCAUAUUCACCUGAGUACAUAACACCAACACACACAAAAAGUAAUUAUACAUGUUGAGUAGAGAAGACUUUCGAUGGAAUGUUUUUCACACGUCUCAUUAUAGUAAUGGUUGAUAAAUUUUCGACUGAUGUUCUUAAAUGAUUUUCUUUGAAAGUUCAAGCGUAUUUGGAGAACAUCGUCUGCUGGUUUUAUUGUCGAUAUCAUUUUACUUGCUGGAACAUUAUGAAAAUGACAUUACUGAUGUUGAGUUUAAACAUAACUUUUUAAAGGUAGGGCUUCACUUCGCCGUUUAUUAACACUAUAAACAAGAAAAUAUUUACAUAAUUUGGCCACACCCUCUAUCAGCAAGGGAAUUCACUUUAAUUCAUAUCGACUUUUUCCAGUCUGUUAUAACGAUGGCAUCCUCAGGAGAUGAGAACAUUCCGUUACAUCUUUAUCAUGCAAUCAUUCGUGGCUUGGAAAGGCUGGUCGUUUCAUUUUCAUUAUCCAGAGAAGACAGUGAUUCCCUGGUUAAAUUCAGUGUCGACAGGUAAGAGGUUUUGUUCAUUUAGGUGCUGAUUCAAUAAUAACUUGUAUCAGCAAUAAAACCAAUUAUGAAGUUUAUGAGCACAUGGGAAAUCCUAUGAACGAAGACGUCUCUCGGGUCCCACUAUUGGUAAAAUAAUAUUAUUAUCACCCAUAUUAAACAAAUGCCUUGUUUAAGCGGACGUAUUUGCAAGGUCAAAGAUUUCAACUUAUUAAUAGAUUGUAAAAUAGGUAGUGAACGAAUGAAGAGCUACUCUGCGGAUAUUAUUAUUAUAUUAUUAUUAUUACUAUUUCAAAUCGACGGGUUGAAGUAUUACCGUAUAAUGUAUAUUUAGAUUGGCGAUGAGAAACCCGCAGAAAGCCAUCUCUGCUCUUGGUCUGUUGCUCACUUGUAUGUAUACAGGAAAGGAAGGUGAUCGUCCUAGUGGUUUAUUUCAAGAAAACGAGAUUGUAGACACGCCCACAGAUGAUGUACUUUUAGUGGCGUUAGAAAGAGUUACCGCACUUUUUGAUAGGUACGUUUACACGCAUUCCUCCAUCAAUAUUAGAGAGGUUCAGAUUUUACUUACUUGGGGAUAGCGCCAUUUGCUGUCUUCGUAAGGAAACGAUUUUUCAAGGAUUCUAGUUUAUUGUUCUGGCAGUAUUUUCCCAAAAUGAGCAUUAUUUUUAUUAUUUGAGCAGUAUUUUUCCCAAAAUGAGCAUAAAUUAUUCAACUUCUAUCAUUGACCAUACACUAAAUGUAACUGGUAUUGUUUCAGAAUCCGCAAAGGUUUUCGUUCUGAGGCAAAGUUGGUGUCAGAAAUUUUACCAAUAGUAUUGGGUGAUUUCUUUUCUCCAACUGACGUGAUGAAUAAAGUGAUAGGAGAAUUUCUCUCCAGUCAACAACCGCAUCCAGAACUUAUGGCCUCUGUUUUAUAUAAGGUUUGCAUUGUGUAAAAGCAACUUUUCUUUUCAAUUCACGUAAAUGGUUGUAAAUAUUUCUUAUGGGAAAAUAUGGUGAAAAUUCACUUUUGCAUGUCUUAAGGCUCAUACAGACAGGACGCGAUUUGGCAACGCGACGCGAAUUUCCAGUUUUCAAUGGCAAUUAACUUUAAUAUUUUUCAAUGUUUUUCAGUGAAAUAGUCGGAACCACUGUCACUGAAGCAAUUUUAGCUAUUUGGUCUGCAUAUCUUGUAAAAUUUUUAUUCACUGACGGUUAUAUUUGUUUUUGAAAACAGAAAAUUCGCGUCGCGUUGCCGAAUCGCGUCCGGUGUGUCUGGACCUUUAGCCAAGAAUCGAACCCAAUCGGAAUCGCAAAGGAACAAAGGUUCGGAUAUUGAGACAUUUUUCCAGCAAGUUUUUCCACACUAUCUAUUUAAACUCUACAAGUUACUAUUCCCACUCUUCUGAGACAGUAGAGCAAUACCAUGCAUCCUUUAUGGCUGUGUUAGCCUACCUCGUCACACAACAAUAUAUACAAAGCUCGUUUCUCGAUUAGCUAUAUCCCGCGAUCAUGGUAUAAUACAUUAGGUCUGUAUCAAUCCUGCAUCCCAAUAGCUCAGAAUGCGUUUAGAAUAGUAUAUUAAAGUACCAGUGACGUUGGGUUCGAUCCCCAGUUGAGAAUAUUUUAAUGUUGCUUCUCUCCGCCAAGGUGUGUGAAAAGUUGAUCAGUAAAGGUCAACAAUCGUCUGUAAAAGAUUGGAUUCUGUUGUCACUCAGCAGUUUCACCCAAAGGUACUACCUGUUUUGCUGGUAUGAUUUUUUUGCUAUAGUUCGCUGUGUAUCAAUAUUAUUGUCCAAUGUCCAUAUGAAUUAAUUACAUAUUUACUCUAUCUUUCUCCAGACCGCCAUUGGGAAUGGCUGUGUGGAGUUUUACCUGUGUUUUUAUCGCUGCUUCCACAAACAAAUGGAUUAGAGCAUUGUAUCCUUUCUAUACAAUGAGUGUAGUUUUGGAGCCGAAUAGUGAUUUUCUUCAAGUGAUUUCUGAUGAUAAAAUUUCAAAACAUUGUUAGGCAGUGCUUGUCUCCGAGAUCGGUCUGAAGGUGUUAUGACAUCCCCAGUAAUAUUUCUUGCAAUAGCGAUAUAUUAUGUCAUUCUUAUGAUAACUGCCACUUGUGUCCGUUGUUGACACUUUGUUGUGAUCGUCGUCGUUGGGAUGAUGACUGAUGUUGGCGUUGUUGUUUACGCAAGUUAUUAAUGUGCAACAAUAUGGUGGUGUUGUUACUGUUGUUGUCGUUGUCGAUGUCGUUGUCGAUGUCGUUGUUGUUGUACGAUGGUGAUGAUUGUGCUUUUGUAAAAUCAGUCACAUGAAGAACGCUCUUAUGAAUCUUAACUUUAUUGAGAUUUCAACAUGUCGUUUCACGCAUUGGCAAGUUGGAAAAUAUCGAUCGUACUUACUUUCUUAUUACUGCCACGGAUUUUUAUCAUAAUCAGGUAAUAUUUAAGUUAACUAAGACAUCAAAAAAUUAAGAUUUUGUCCUGCACGAGAAAGUGUGAAAAACAAGAGAGAACUCUUAUUACUGCGCUCGUCACUACUGCGUUGCGUAUAAAGAUAAAUGACCAUCAUGCACAUAAGAAUAUAACUCUUGGGUAACUACUAGCUUCUGUCGAUGUUUAUGUCGUUGCUACUGGUGAGUAGCAGGGCAGCAUAUGAUGGUCGAUAAGUGUAGACACUUGGAGGAGAAAUCAUAUUGGAUCUCUCAUUUUCUAUUUAUUUACCCCCCACAUACAUUCAUACGUAUAAUGUAAGGAAUGCUUAUGCAUGGUUUCUCACGCUCAUAACUGCGCGAUAUGCUUAAUGAAAACCACUUAUUCGUUUAGUUUUUAUACUGACUAUCUUGUCAAAUUAUCUUCCCAGAAUUUAAUAGAAGAUGAAAAGAAAUCAUUCCUGUCAACAUUCGAGAAGGUUGCCCAAACAGGAACACCAUACGCUGAUCUUAUCCAAAACAUUGUUUGA